CAGAACCAAGGACAGCAGCAGCCGGCAGCCCCUCUAUAGCAUCGAUGUCCUGGAGAUAGAAGGACAGGGGUCUCCUGCAGCCCACCGAUGUCCAUCAUUGACCAUCCCUAGGCACCCCGGCAUCCUACCCCUGCUACCAUCACCCCAAUAUCAUCUUCACCUCUCAGCACUGUGUUGUCCAUGUCAAUCCCCUGUGGACCCCACCACUGACACCAUCCCACCACUUCCUCCUGGAAGACGUCUGAGAUCUCAGAAGAUCUGGCUGAGGCUUGACCCAAAACAACCAAGACUUCCACCUGGCAAGGACCUUUAUGCAUGGUCUCCUCUCCUGUGAAUGAUCAGGACCUCAUCUCCUCAUUAACUACCAUUCCUCCACCCACAGACCACCCCUCCAUCUUGCAAAAAGCCAAGGUUUCUUCCAGACUGUGGCGUCUCGGCGUCACCCUGUUUGGAGCUGGAGAGCCCCCAAAAUACAGGACGUUGGCUAAGCCGGGGUGUGCCAAACCCAUGGACAGAAUGCGCCUCUUUCUUCUGGCCGUUCUAUUCUUGUUCUCGUUUGCCAAAGCCGGAUGCGACCCCAAGAUUGUGAAUAUUGGGGCGGUCCUGAGCACCAAAAAACAUGAACAGAUAUUUAGGGAGGCAGUGAACCAAGCCAACAAGAGACAUGGCACCUGGAAGAUCCAACUCAAUGCCACCUCAGUCACUCACAGGCCCAAUGCCAUUCAGAUGGCACUGUCUGUAUGCGAGGACCUCAUCUCCAGCCAGGUAUACGCAAUAUUGGUAAGUCACCCACCAGCACCAACUGAUCACCUGACACCGACCCCAGUCUCAUACACAGCCGGAUUUUAUCGGAUUCCAGUCAUCGGACUGACAACCAGGAUGUCUAUAUAUUCAGAUAAGAGCAUACACCUGUCUUUCCUACGCACGGUUCCUCCAUAUUCCCAUCAGGCGUUGGUAUGGUUUGAGAUGAUGCGCAUUUUUGGCUGGAACCACGUCAUUCUCAUAGUGAGCGAUGACCACGAAGGUCGGGCAGCUCAGAAGAAGCUGGAGACUUUGCUGGAAGAAAAGGAGACCAAGAGUAAAAAAAGGAACUAUGAAAACCUCGAACAACUUUCCUAUGACAACAAGCGUGGACCCAAGGCAGAAAAAGUUCUUCAUUUUGAACCUGGGACCAAAAAUGUGACUGCCCUUCUGACUGAAGCAAAGGGACUGGAAGCCAGAGUGAUCAUCCUCUCUGCAAGUGAGGAUGAUGCCAGCACAAUAUACAAAACAGCAGCAGUUUUGGAAAUGACCGGGUCCGGCUAUGUCUGGUUGGUGGGUGAACGGGAGAUCUCGGGAAGCGCCUUGCGAUAUGCUCCUGAUGGAGUCAUUGGUCUCCAGCUGAUCAAUGGGAAGAAUGAGUCGGCUCAUAUCAGCGACGCAGUUGCGGUGGCAGCUCAGGCAAUUCAUGAAUUGUUUGAAAAGGAAAAUAUUACUGACCCACCGAGAGGUUGUGUUGGGAAUACCAACAUAUGGAAAACAGGGCCACUCUUUAAGAGGGUGCUCAUGUCAUCCAAGUAUCCCGAGGGAGUAACGGGACGAGUAGAGUUCAAUGAGGAUGGCGAUAGGAAAUUUGCUAACUAUAGCAUCAUGAACCUGCAGAACCGGAAACUCGUCCAAGUCGGUAUCUUCAACGGCAGUCACAUUUUGCAAAAUGAAAGAAAAAUUAUUUGGCCAGGCGGUGAAACGGAGAAACCGCAAGGUUACAAGAUGUCGACCAAUUUAAAGAUAGUUACCAUUCACCAGGAACCCUUUGUGUAUGUGAAGUCUGCUCUGCCGGACGGGUCAUGUAAAGAGGAAUACGCCAUUACUGGAGACCUAAUAAAAAAGGUCCCGUGUUCAGGACCCAAUGACACCAUUCCAGGUCGACCCACUGUGCCCCAAUGCUGUUAUGGUUUCUGUAUCGACCUAUUGCUGAAACUCGCCAAAGAGAUGAGUUUCAAUUAUGAGUUUCACCUAGUGGCUGAUGGGAAAUUUGGCACCCAGGAGCGGGUUAACAACAGUAAUAAGAAAGAAUGGAAUGGGAUGAUGGGCGAGCUCCUGAGCGGUCAGGCUGACAUGAUCGUCGCCCCGUUGACCAUCAACAAUGAGCGCGCUCAGUACAUAGAAUUCUCCAAACCCUUCAAGUAUCAGGGGCUGACCAUCCUUGUGAAGAAGGAAAUCCCCAGGAGUACCCUGGAUUCAUUCAUGCAGCCUUUCCAGAGUACUCUGUGGCUCCUGGUUGGGCUCUCUGUACACGUGGUGGCGGUCAUGCUGUAUCUACUGGAUCGGUUCAGUCCAUUUGGCCGUUUUAAAGUCAACACAGAGGAGGAAGAGGAGGACGCUCUGACACUGUCUUCUGCUAUGUGGUUCUCAUGGGGUGUCCUGCUGAACUCUGGAAUUGGCGAAGGGGCCCCAAGAAGUUUCUCUGCUCGGAUCCUCGGCAUGGUGUGGGCUGGAUUUGCUAUGAUCAUUGUAGCCUCCUACACUGCUAACCUGGCUGCCUUCCUGGUGUUGGACAGGCCAGAAGAAAGGAUAACCGGGAUAAAUGACCCUCGGCUUCGUAACCCCAGUGACAAGUUCAUCUACGCCACGGUCAAGCAGAGCUCUGUGGAUAUUUACUUCAGGAGACAAGUGGAGCUGAGCACAAUGUAUCGGCACAUGGAAAAACAUAACUACGAGAGUGCAGCCGAAGCCAUACAAGCAGUGCGGGAUAAUAAACUCCACGCUUUUAUCUGGGAUUCUGCUGUCCUGGAAUUUGAGGCUUCUCAGAAGUGCGAUCUUGUCACCACCGGAGAACUGUUCUUCCGUUCUGGUUUUGGAAUCGGUAUGAGAAAGGACAGUCCGUGGAAGCAGAACGUGUCCCUCAACAUUCUCAAAUCACAUGAGAAUGGAUUUAUGGAAGAUCUUGAUAAGACUUGGGUCAGAUAUCAGGAAUGUGACUCUCGCAGCAAUGCCCCAGCUACACUAACAUUUGAGAACAUGGCAGGUGUCUUCAUGCUUGUCGCUGGUGGUAUUGUUGCUGGAAUCUUCCUGAUAUUUAUUGAAAUAGCCUACAAGCGACACAAGGAUGCCCGGAGGAAGCAGAUGCAGCUUGCCUUUGCCGCCGUAAACGUUUGGCGAAAAAACCUGCAGGAUAGAAAAAGUGGUAGAGCAGAACCUGACCCUAAAAAGAAAGCCUCUUUUAGGUCCAUCACCUCAACCCUGGCCUCCAGCUUCAAGAGACGUAGGUCCUGCAAAGACACGACAUAAAACUCUGCAGAAUGAAACAGAAGCUACAUCGGCAGAGUCCAGGCUUGGCCCCCGUUGAUCCUCACCUUUCCUUUCUGUAUAUUUGUAUUUUACAGCAAUACCAUCCUACUGACAUCACCGGUCAGCUAAAUCUGUCCGAUCCCUCUGUUAGCACUGUGGUGUAGUACAAAGAAGAGAGACAGUGACUGUUCUGGCUUGUGGAUGGUAUAUAAUGGACCUAAGAGCAACGCAAUUGACAUUUGCAUAACUGGUAAGAACGAGGUCACAGGAGGACUCUGGGACUGCAUGUUAUCCACAUUCCCCCUUCCCCUCUCUGCUCACCACACCUGGCUCCAUGGUUGGAUUUUACACUUCAAAAAAUGUUCCCGGAGAGAAAUGAACUGAUUUUUUUUUUAGAUUUUUUUGUUUUUUGCACCUGAUAAAUUUGCCGCUCUCUCCGCCCCUUGUUUUUCUGCACUUUAAAAAAAAUUUUUUUACUGGGCAAAAAGAACAAUGUCUGAACGCUACGAACACUCUGCAUUUUAUUUAUUUUCGUUUAUUUCUUUAUUUUUUGCUGCUAACUCUGUGUUCUUAUCGUACACUGAUCAUCUUGUUUUUUUUUUUUGUUUCUUUUGUCCCCAUCAACAAAAAUGUCUUCAGUCUGCAUGGGAUGUAUAUUUCUGCACAUGUAUUCUUCAAAAUGUGAAGGUUUUUAUUCUGCUUUCUACUAGCUUUCUACUAGGUACGUUGGCAAGGGCGUGUUUACAGCGAGUUUUCCCGCUGCGAGUUUGAGCCACGGUGGGUUUUCCGUGGUGUUUUUGGUGUUUUUUUUUCCUUUGCAGCAGCAGACCCCAGUAAGGUCAAUGUAAUUCUGAUGCAUAGAUUCUGCUGUGGAAACUCAGAAAAUUCCUUGUGGGAAAACUGGCAGUGGCUCAAACUUUCAGUGUGAACAUACCCUUAGGUUUUUUUUUUCUUAAAUAAGUGAUGGGAAAAGAAGGCUUUUUUUUCUUCUUUAUUUUUUAUUUUUUUUUAAAGAAGCAACCUACUGACCAUAUCUGGUAUUGCAACUAAGUCCUAUUUAUUUGUAUGGGGACCAAGCUGCAAUACCAGAUACUGCCCAUAGAAGUGCUGCUCUGGCUAUAAAAAAAAUUAGACUCUACUUUCUGAUCUUUGAUAAUCCCUUUAGAAAAACAGAAGUCAUUUUGUCCAAAAACAGCACACAGGUUGUGUGUGGUAUUACAACUCGGCUCAAUUCUCGUCAAUGCAACCGAGCUGCAAUACCUGGUACCUACAACCACCCCGAAGCGCUCUCCAGAACAGGGACUGGUCCAUGUCUGGUAUUACACCUCAGUCCUAUUUACUUGAAUGGGGCCCGAGCUGCAAUUAUCCAAGAAUACCAGAUACUGUCCAUAGUAGUGCUGUUCUAGAUACAAAAAGUAGACCCUGUUUUCUAAUCUUGGAUAAUUCCUUUAGAAAAACAGAGAUAAUUUUUCCCAAAAACAGCGCCACUCCCAUCCUCAGGUUGUGGGUGGUAUUACAACUUGGUUCCAUUUAUGUAGAUGGAACAGAGCCUGCAAUGCCUGGUAACCCCAUCCCACAAUCUCCAGAAUGGGGCCCCUGAGUGGUCUAGCCCCCAAUCUUUCUAAAGAUGAACCAAUCUCAAGAGUGACGGUCCGCUCCGCCAAUCACCAGCUGAGAACGGACAUCACCGAAGGUGGCCGGCAAUUGACUGAGCGGGCCGUCAGUGCUGAGACUGGUACGUCUCCAAAGAUUAUGAUCUGGAGGAAGGUGAGUCUGGCCCCGUUCUGGAGAACCUAAGGAAAGGGGAUGCGUUUUUACAAACUGGAGUUCCCCUUUAAGUAGUUAGAAUAUAGAUUUAUUUACAAAAUAUAAAAAGUUAAUCUGCUGGUACCCACAAUGAUGGGGGCCGCUUGCAAAAAGUGACAUUACUACUUUAUUGGUUUUCGUGUUGACUGUUUGGCCAAGUGUUUUUCCCAACCAGGGUGCCUCUAGCCAUUGCAAAACUAAAACUCCCAGCAUGCCCUGAUACAGCCUGUGGAUCAGCAGCUGCCCCAGACAAAAACUACAACUCCCAGCAUGUUGGACUAUAUCUAUAUAUAUAAAUCUCAAUGUGUGUGUAUGUUCCAGCAUCACGUCCAAACGGCUAAAGAUUUUAACAUGAAACUUGGUCACAUGUUACUUAUAUGUCAACAACAAACAUAGGAUAGGUGAUUUAACCCUUACUCACCCCCAUUUGCCAGGGUCUGAGUUUUUGUUUAAAGUCCCAUACAAGUCUAUGGGAAAUAUAUGUUACUGCAUAACUUCCGUACGGCUGGAGAUAUUUCAAUAAUACCUGGUACACAUAUUACUUAUAUGUGAAAUAAAAAUAUAUGAUAGUUAAAUUAACCCUUACCUACACCCUUAUAUAAAAGAGGAGUUUUUGUUUCAAGUCCCAUGCAAGUAUAUGGGACUUCCAGUACCUUACUCCACAACCUCCGCUCUGCAUCUCCUGGUGAAUGUGUCCAUCCGGCUUGCAAGCCAUACCCCAUCUCACAAAGACACGCCCACUGUUUAAGCCCCACCCUUUUAUUCUCUACCCUUUUUGUGCAUCGGUCUGGCUUGCAAAUCCCGCCCAGUCCCACGAAGCCUCGUCCCCUUCUAUUUUCAGCUUACAAUAUCUUCAUCACAAAUCAGUCCCACCUGAGGAUAGGAUAUGAGGAUGAGACAUGAGGAUGGGAUAUGAGGACAGGAUAUGAGGUCGGGAUAUGAGGAUGGCAUAUGAGGUCGGGACAUGAGGACGGGAUAUGAGGAUGGGAUAUAAGGAAGGGGUAUGAGGACGGGAUAUGAAGUCGGGAUAUGAGGACGGGAUAUGAGGACGCGAUAUAGAGUAAGGAGUAUGAGGACGGGGUAUGAGGUCGGGAUAUGAGGACGGGAUAUGAGGUCGGGAUAUGAGGUCGGGAUAUGAGGACAGGAUAUGAGGAUGGGAUAUGAGGUCGGGAUAUGAGGAUGGGAUAUGAGGACAGGAUAUGAGGACAGGAUAUGAGGAUGGGAUAUGAGGAGGAGAAAUGAGGACGGGACAUGAAGACGGGAUAUGAGAAAGGGGUAUGAGGACAGGAUAUGAGGACGGGAUAUGAGGACAGGAUAUGAGAAGGGGAUAUGAGGAUGGGAUAUGAGGACGAGAUAUGAGGAGGGGACAUGAGGACGGGAUAUGAGGUCGGGAUAUGAAGACGGGAUAUGAAGACAGGAUAUGAAGACAAGAUAUGAGGACGGGAUAUGAGGUCGGGAUAUGAAGACAGGACAUGAGGACAGGAUAUGAGAUCGGGAUAUGAGCACAGCAUAAAAAAUUCCGUCCAGUUUGCAACCCUAUGUGUAGUAUUAGGUACCGAAUUGCCAUGUUUUGGUCCUGUAGACCAGUGGUCUCCAACCCAGUCCUCAGGGCCCAUCAACAUUCUGGGAUUUUCCAGUUACUCCAUUGGAAUAGAACAUGGAAAAAUUCUAAUCCUGGACUGUUGGUGGCCUUGAGGACUGGGUCGGGGACCUUUGCUGUAGACUCAGCGUUAGACAGGGGGUUACUUGGACCCCCCAGAGGACUUCAUUCUGAGGCCCACACACCCUCUAUACAGAUCUCUUGUGAACUUUGGCACAAUCAUUAUACAUCAAUAAGGUCCCCUUAUACAGUAAUGAAAAUUUUUCUGAAUCUGCACAUUUCAGGGGUUUACAGGGGCUUCCUAACCACAUGAGGUUGUCUUGUGCAGGACCUAUAGGGAUCAGUUUUGUAUGAGUGCCUGGGUCCAGUGAGGAUCCUCUUACACCCUGGUGGGCCAGUUUAACCCCCAACUACUUUUUUUUUAAUUAGGAUAGGUCAAUAAAGGAUAAGAGGGGGUCCAACACCCAGUCCCCCUGGCUGAUCAGCUAGAGCUAAGGCCCCUGCAUAUAGAGCCUAGAUCUCCAAACUGUGGACCUCACGCUGUUACAAAACUACAACACCCAGUAUGUUGGGAGUUGUAGUUGUGGCUGUCUCAGCAUGCUGGGAGCUGUAGAUGGGAUUUGCCACAACUGGAGGUCCACAGUUUGGAGAGCACUGGACUAGAGUGACUUCAGCUGUCUGUGCAUGCUGGGAGUUGUAGUUUUGGCUGUGUGAUAAUGUUGGGAUUUGUAGUUUUGGCUGUCCGGGCAUGUUUGGAGUUGUCAUUUUGGCUGUCCGCUGUCCCGGCAUGCUGGGAGUUGUAGUUUUGCAACAUCUUAGGUCUAGAGUUUGGUGAGCACUGGACUAGAGUGACUUUGGCUGUCGGUCCACGAUGGGAGUUGUAGUUGUGGCUGUCUUAGCAUGCUGGGUACUGUAGUUUUGCCACAUCUGGAGGUCCACAGUUUGGAGAGCACUGGACUAGAGUGACUUCAGCUGUCUGUGCAUGCUGGGAGUUGUAGUUUUGGCUGUGUGAUCAUGCUGGGAGUUGUAGUUUUGGCUGUGUGAUCAAGCUGGGAGUUGUAGUUUUGGCUGUGUGAUCAUGCUGGGAGUUGUAGUUUUGGCUGUGUGAUCAUGUUGGGAGUUGUAGUUUUGCAACAUCUUUAGUCUAGAGUUUGUUGAGCACUGGACUAGAGUGACUUUGGCUGUCCAUCCAUGAUGGGAGUUGUAGUUUUGUCUCUCCCAGAAUGCCGGGAGCUGCAGUUUUGCCACAUCUGUAGGUUCAUAGUUUGGAGAGAACUGGACUAGAGAGACUUUGGCUGUAUGUACAUGCUGGGAGUUGUAGUUACGGCUGUCCUGGCACAUUGAGAGUUGAAGUUUUGGUGGUCCGAGCAUGCUAGGAGUUAGAGUUUUGCAACAUCUGGAGGUCAGCAUUUUGGCGAGCACUGUACUUGCAUGACUUAAGCUGUCCGUGCAUACUGGAAGCUGUAGUUUUGGCUCUCCAGGCAUACUGGAAGCUGUAGUUUUGGCUCUCCAGGCAUACUGGGAGCUGAAGUUUUGGCUCUCCAGGCAUACUGGGAGCUGUAGUUUUGGCUCUCCAGGCAUACUGGGAGAUGUAGUUUUCAACAUCUGGACUUUGGGGCCCACAGUUUGGGGCCCACUGAAAUAGAGAAAACAUUGUUGGAAGUGAACAGCGCCAUAGAUUUGUAUAGUGGCCAUGCAAAGUUACUACAGCUUUCAGUUACUUCACUGAGCUGCAGUAACCCAGGACGCCCACUACAACAAUGUUUGGCGCUGUCUGCUCCUGGCUCUGUUCUCUGUAUAAAGUCUCUGCCGCUGAUUGGGUGGAUUACGGGUGUAAGACUCUCACAAAUUUGAUAACUUACCCUGAGGAUAUAUAUAUAUAUAUAUAUAUAUAUAUAUAUAUAUAUAUAUAUAUGGAGAUAUAUCCUAGCAGAGUGCAGUUUAGGGUUAUUUCGGGAUUGCAUUAGCACAAUGAAGGAUCCUCACUGAUAAUUUGAGCAAUUUUUUGACGUUUUUGAUGCAGGAGAGUCCUAUGUAUUUACUACGUCACAGUAUGACCACUGCAGGGACGGACGGGACACAUUAAUUCAUUUCCAUUGUUUUAAUGUUUCUAUCCUUGAGUCUAAAUAUUCUACUUUUUUCACAACAAAAUUCUUGUUUUUUUUGGGUUGCCGGAAGUGAUUUUCUGUACCACUAUUCUAUAUAUGUAUAUAUAUAUAUAUAUAUAUAUAUAUAUAUAUAUAUAUAUAUAUAUGUAUAUAUAUAUAUAUAUAUAUAUAUAUAUAUAUAUAUAUAUAUAUAUAUAUACAUAUACAUAUAAUCUAUAAAAGUGCAUGACAUCAUUGCCACAGGAUUGUACGAGGGUGCCUUCGCACUGCCUCGGGAUUUUGCAUUGUAUACCAGUUCUCCAGCUGUUGCAUAACUACAACUCCCAGCAAACCCUGUCAGAAGUUGUAGUUGUGCAAUAGCUGAAGCGCUACAGUUUAGGGCCGUGUUUCCUAAUCGAGGUGCCUCCAGCUGUUGCAGACCUACAACUCCCAGCAUGCCCGGACAGCCGUUGGCUGUCCGGGCAUGCUGGGAGUUGUAGUUUUGCAACAGCUGGAGGCACCCUAGCCGGGAAACGCUGGGUUAGGGAAUCACAUGUUAAAAUAUAUAUAUAUUUUUUAAAUCAACUGGUACUUAUUAGCUGCUGAAUACUACAGAGGAAAUUAUUUUCUUUUUGGAACACAGAGCUCUCUGCUGACAUCACCAGCACAGUGCUCUCUGCUGACAUCUCUGUCCAUUUUAGUAAGUGUCCAGGGCAGCAUAUGUUUGCUAUGGGGAUUUUCUCCUACAGUUCUUAAAAUGGACAGAGAUGUCAGCAGAGAGCACUGUGCUCGUGAUGUCAGCAGAGAGCUCUGUGUUUCAAAAAGAAAAUAAUUUCCUCUGUAGUAUUCAGCAGCUAAUAAGUACUGGAAGGAUUAAGAUUUUUUAAUAGAAGUGAUUUACAAAUCUGUUUAACUUUCUGGCACCAGUUGAUUUAAAAAAAAAAAAAAAAUAAAAAAAAAAAGUUUCCCACCGGAGUACCCCUUUAACGCAAUGUGAAUACACGCUUGGGGUAUGUUCACAUGAGGUGGAUAUGUUGCGCAUAUCUACCAUUGCAGCAUUAUCCACCAUGUGAACAUAGCCUUACUGUUCUUAUUAUGUAAAGUUUUUUUAAAGUUUCACAAAAAACUGUUAUAACUUGCUGAUCAUGUACCUACCCUCCUGAUGGCUUUGCAUGAUGAUGAUGAUGAUGAUUGAUGAUUGAUGAUGAUGAUGAUGAUGAUGAGACCUUUUUAACAACGACAAAGGACAGAUUGGUCCUACUCUGCACAAAACAUGACCCGGACGUAAUACAGGCCGCCAUAUUAUCGCCUAAAGCAAUAUACCAAUGUCCAAUUCACCGGUUGCUUAUACCCAUAAUUAUUUUUUUCUUUAUACAUUUAAUAUAUACUUCUCUCCUAUAGUUUGUGCAUAAAAAGUGUCAAAAAUAGUCAAUAGAAUUCACUUUAUAAAUGCUGUUUACAAAACAGCGCCCCGCCGGGCUGUGGUUUGUCAAUGGUAUUGCAGCUCAGCUCCAUUGAAGUGAAUAGGUCUGAGCUGUCAUGCCAGAUACAACACAAAAAAAUAUAUAAAAAAAUAAAAUACAACAUAAUAAUAAUAAUAAUAUAUAUAUAUAUAUAUAUAUAUAUAUAUAUAUAUAGUAUAUAUAUAUAUGUAUAUAUAUAUAUUUUUUUAAUUACACUAUAAUAAUUAUAAGACUGUUCCUUGGUCUCCCAUUAAGGCUAGGCAAGUUAUAGUUAACAUGGAUAAAGGACAGCAAUUCCAUUAUCAGUGGUCUACAUACUGUAGACAUUCUGUUGUUGCAAAACUACAACACCCAGCAUGCCUGAACAGCCAUUUGCAGCAUGCUGGGAGUUGUAGUAUGCUGGGAGUUGUAGUAGGCAACAGCAGAAGGUCCACAGUUUGGAGACAGUUUAUUUACAUCAAUGAGAUUUAAGCUGCAGUACUCAGCACGGCCACUACACAUGGUACGGCGCUGUCUAGCUCCCUUUUUUUCUAUGUUUAAAAUUAUUUAUAUGUAUAUAUAUAUAUAUAUAUAUAUAUAUAUAUACACACACAUAUAUAAAAUAUAACAUAAAAAAUGUAUUACAUUUAAAGGGGGUUUUCCAAAACAGCGCCACAUCUGACCAUGGGUUGUACCCAGUAUUGCAGCUCAUUCAAGCGCAUACUUUUUUUCUUUAUAUCUGUAGACAAUACCUUUCAAGACAGGUCUUAUGAACAUAUUCAAGGGACACUUUCUGCCAAAAAACAGUGCCAAACCUGUCCUGUGUGUUUUUACAACCCAUUCACUCCAAUGAAACUGAGCUGCAAUACCACUCAAAGCCUGAGGGCAAGAGUGGCGCUGUUUUUCUGAUCUUGGAUCAAUCCAUUUUUGAUUUUUUGUUAGAAGGUAAGAAACUGAUUUAGCUAGUAUGAGUUCUGACUAAUUUGCAUACUUUUUUUUUUUUUUUACCCAUGGAGCACUGCCUAAAAAAUCAGUACCAUACCCUGUGAAAAGCCAGUGUUUCCUAACCAGUAUGCUUCUAGCUGUUGCAAAACUACAACUCCCAGCAUGCCCGGACAGCCGAAGGCUGUCCGGGCAUGCUGGGAUUUAUAAUUUUGCAACAGCUGGAGGGACACUGGUUGGGAAACACUGGUCUAAGCUGAUCACUAUUUGUGACACUACUGUAAUAUACAGAAAGAUUUCCCUGCAGUGCCUCCACAGGUAAGAUGAAGUACUACACCAAUUCUUAUUAAAAUCAAUAGGCUGUCCAUAUAACCCAUGGACAUUCUGGGUCCUCCAGAGCAGGAGACGCUCUUUGUAGCCACUUUCUAAUUCUCCGAUUUGAGAAUGGAUUUAGGAAAUAUAACUCAUGCUAUAAUUUUAUGCUUUUUAUUCCUUUUUCGAUUGUAUUUAUUCCUCUAAGGGGUGAUUUAAUUCUGUAAUAUUUGUUUGCUUAUGUAUUCCUUAUGAUAUGCUUAUUUAUUGCAUUAUUUAUCUGUACUAUAUUGUAUGUAUUUACAUCCUACAUUACAUAACUACAUAGUCAAAAUACAUAAUAUAGUUAUAAAUAAAUUCAACAACUUUAAAUAAUUCUAAUUGCCCAGGAAAUUACCUACACUGAGGGAUCGAGUUACAUGCAAUAUACAUUAUGUGCAUGCACAGUAUCGCUAUCUACCAUACAUAUCACGAUGAUGACACAUUGCAGAUACACACAUUUAGGGCUUGUAAGUCUGUACAUGACGGGUGAUUCUCCCCGAGGAGAUAAGAUUUACACUAUACCCCUGACUCGCCACUCACGGUAGAACUACAAGUCACAGCCUGCCCUUGGGCCAUGAUGAGACUUGUAGUGCCAUCGCUAUUGGCAAGUCAGGGGAAGAGGCGCUACUAGACCAUCAUUCCUGGCAUGGAGUCUCUAGUAGGAGGGGUGAGGUCAGACAUUACCUUUAUAGAUUUCAUAAUAUAAAUAUAUAUUGCUAUAAUUUUGUUUUUACAGAUUUGUAAUUAAUAUGAUAUAUUCUGGAGUGCUCAGUCUUUAGAUUUUUCUGGGUAACCGUUUUCUGUAUAUGCUGCUCAAUGUCCAAUUAUGUCAAGGAAAUUUAUAAAUAAAGUUCUUGUAAAAUCUUAA